GCCAAAACUUCAAAAAGGAUGAGCUGGCGCUGCAUGAUGCCAAUGCCAUGGCUGCUGACUCCUGGACCUCCUGUCACUGAUGAAGAUGUGUUGGGCUUCAUGUGCAGCUCGCUGAAUCAGCUGCAACCUUGAAUGACGCUGAUACCCUGGGCUUGCGCACUUAUUGUAGAGCACUUUCCUGAGAGGGCCACAACGUCCGAGCUACCUCUUCUGCGGCGAGGAACAAAACCAUGCUGGUUUGAUUUGAGUGCUUUCGAGCGUGAUCAAUGGCUUCCAGGGUCCCUCUGAGCGGGCUCGCAGCUUUAGGUGGACUGAAAGACCUCCUGUCUCCAAGCACACAGUCCGGGGGGUUGGUACAACCAAAGGUCUCCAGGCCAGAAGAUGACUGCGCUAAUUCUGGCAGUAAAGAGACUGGGAGUCGAGAAUGUCAGGGAAACCCUCCAGAGUCAAUGCCACGCAAUGCUGAAAGCGCUGAGAAAAGCAGCAAGAAGGCAAUCGAUGCAGAGCAGUUGAAGGCGCUCGGCAAUGCAGCGUUCGCUCGUAAAGAUUAUGAUGCAGCUGUUGAGUACUACUCUCAGGCGCUCGACAUAGACAAUGAAAAUGCAAUCUUGUACGCCAAUAGAGGUCAGGCUCUGCUCAACCAAGUUCGCUAUGUGAGCGCCCUCGACGAUGCUAAUCGCGCGGUUAGCCUCAACCCAACCUGGUGGAAGGCGCAUGCGAAGAGGGCCCAAGCGUCCGUGGCGCUCGGACACUUUCAGUCUGCGGUGGAGGCCUCAGAGGAAGCGCUAAAGCUGCAGCCACACGACUCUGCACUGAAGAAGUACCUGGCGGAUACAAAUGCUCAGCUCCGGUUGUGGAAGAGCAAGUCGGAUCCACAGAGGAUAAGCUUUCCCGGCUGGGAGGAAACACGAGCUGACAUUCUGAGCACCAUCGACAUCGAUAAGCAAGUCAACAUCAGCCUGACAACUGCGGGAGGGAAGACGGUGUCGAGAAAGACAGGCCUCAACUAUCUUCACCAGGCAGUCCUUGGGGGCGACCUCCCCCUAGUUGUCGACAUAGCGCGCCUCGGCGCCGGCCUCAACGUCAAAACCUCCACCCUCUACCCCUGCACCGCCCUCUUUCUCGCAAUUACCACCAAAGCCCGCGCUGCCGAAAACCCGCUUACCCCCCUCGAACUCGCCCGAGCGAUCCCCGAUCUAAAAGGCCAGGCUCUUAGCGAAGCUCUAGAGGUGCAUUACUACUCAACCGGGCUCGGGGGGAACACGCAGUUGGUCGUAGCAGAGUAUCUUCUCGCCCUGGGGGCAGAUACUGAGGCAAAGAGCGCGGAAAACGACCCCCUGUUUCCGGGGAUGACCCCCCUCGCGGCGGCGGCGGAGCAGCGAGACUGGGAAGCCUGCGAUCUGCUGCUGAAGUUCGGCGCGGAUCCGAAAGCCACCGUUUCGGGGGGGUCUUCUAAAGGCCGUUCGGUGGAAGACCUCGUCUCGGGAGAGGAUCCAAAUCGGACGCCCGAAUCAGCCGCCCGAAUGGAAGAGCUACUGUCCGGUUUGAACGUCGUCGAGCUUCACCGGGGCACGAACGGACAACCGAGCCUCGUCGAGCACGUUUCCCGGGCAGAUCUGGACCGCGAGCAACGGGAGAGGGUUUCGAGGUUUCGGGCGCUCGUCGAGCGUCGCGGCCGCGACCCGCGGCCGCCCGUUCUGUGCCGCUGUGGGAGCCGCGCGCCGGUGCUUGAGUGCCACGGGCGGGGUUUGGAGGGUUUGGACGCGGGGGCGGUGCUGCGGCGGCUGUCCCCUGACUCAGGACUGGGUGCUCGACGACGACACCGGGUCGGUACUGAACAUUCGGAGGUUACGAGCAUAAGAAACGCAUCCAACUCCGGAGACUGUUUUCUGUCCGUGAAGCAAGGCCCUACGCCUGACCUUCAGUCAGGUGCAUGCCCUCAACUUGUCACUCGGGCGACUCUUUCAGAGAAGAGACCUGCAGAAUCCAAGAAAGUGAUUUCAGGUCGGGGUGACGCUCCUUCGUCCGUCAAGCAGCUCUGGUACCUCAAAUAA